AUGGCAGACCUCUGCCUUGGCGAGGAUUUUAGUGAGGAGCUCACCUGCGCGGUGUGUCUUGACUCAUGGAAGGACCCGGUCGAGCUGAUGCCGUGUGGGCACAUCUUCUGCAAGGCGUGUGCGACGGGCUUGAAGGAGUGCCCCGUGUGUCGGGACCCCAUCCGCUCCACAAAAGUGCCGAACCGCACACUCGUCAACAUGGCGCUGCAGAUCCAGGUGAAGUGCAGACGGUGUCAGUGGAGGGGGACACGUGAGCAAGGGAUGAGCCACGUAUGCGGCGCCUCGGGAAGUGGUCCGUGUGCACCGCCGACGACGACGCCCUCUACCAUGAGACCGCCUCCAGCACCGGCGAGCAGCUCCUCGGCUGCGUACGACUACCGUGCGCCAGUGUCGAGCGCGUGCGCCAGCUAUGGUGGCUACACUGCACCGCCAAACCUUGAGGAUUUUUGGACCAGUGGCGCGCCGGUACAACCUGCCACCACCCCGGCGCACCCUCGCGUGAUUGAGCCGACCGGCCCACACCCGUGGACGUUGUACGGACUGGACCAGUCCGAGUACGACCAGAUCGUUUCUCUCUUUGUUUUCUUCGACGAUAACGAAAGCGGUAAUCUGGAGCCCAAUGAGGUGACCCGUCUCGCACGUUGGCUGAACUUUGCGAACACUCCGCAGGACGUGAAGCGGAUCUUCGACGAUAUGGACGUUGAAGGCAGCGGAAAGCUCUCCCUCGGCGAGUUCUUGACGUGGCUCCGGUACAACAAGCCGAACCCGCAGGCCCUCUACGGCCUCACGCAGUCGCAGUACAAUACGAUCAUGAUGCAAUUCCAUACGUACGACACGAAUCAGGACGGGUGCCUGGAAAUGAACGAGUUUUCUCGGCUGGUGCAGAAUCUCGGCGACGUGCGCGACGCUGUCACAGCGCAGCGUCUGUUCCAGAUGAUCGACCAGGAUCGCGACGGUGUCAUCAGCCUGCACGAGUUUCUCCGUUUCCGAAGUGGAAAACACUAA